AUGAGCGAACACGACAGCAAGUACACCGACGACAAGCCUUCGGUCCUGCUGACAGACGACGAAGCCCGACAGCCUCUCAACAUGAUCGAGGAACAGCUGGCAAAGCAAGCACGGAGGCGGAUCGACACUCUGGUCGUGCCAUGCCUCGUGCUCAUGUUUGUCUUCCUGCAGUUCGACCGAACCAGUCUGGGCAAUGCGUUGACCGACAACUUUGCCAAGGCCGCGCACCUCAAGCAGAAGGACAUCAACACGGGCCAGACGCUCUUCACUCUCGGGAUGGUGCUGUUCGAGAUUCCGUCCAACAUCCUGAUCAAGCGGCUUGGCGCGCAUCGCUGGCUGCCCAUCCUCAUGUUUGCCUGGGGGAUUGUGACGUUCUGCCAGAUGUUCAUCAAGUCUCGUCCGGCGUUCUACGCUCUUCGCUUCCUGCUCGCUUCGUUUGAGGCUGGCUUUAUCCCCGGAGCUGCGUUCUACCUUGGUCAGUUCUACACUCGCAAGGAGAUGGCACUACGAUACGCGCUGUUGUGGGCGAGCAACUCGAUUGCAGGUGCCUUGGCUGGUGUUCUGGCUCUCGGUCUGCUGAGUUUGAAGGGCCGAGGCGGUCUUCAUGGAUGGCAGUGGCUCUGGCUGAUCGAGGGCGUCCUCACGUGCUUUGUUGCCGUUGUGGCAUCGCUGCAUUUGCCGGAAUCUGCCGAUGGCGCCACUCGACACCGCCUGUUCGGCUCGAGAUUCGCCAUCCUCAAGCAGGAACAGGCCUCUGCGCUCAACAGCCGAGUAAUCCUCGAGGACAAGACCAAAGCCAAACGAAGCCGCCGAGUCGCGCUCAAGGACUUUGACGUCUUCCGCACCUGGAACAUCUGGGGCCACUGCGCCAUGGCCUUCCUCACGUCGAUCAUGUUUACCCCCGUCAACACGUAUGCGCCGUCGAUCAUCAAGAGCCUGGGUUACAAAGGCUACUCGGCCAACGGCAUGAACAGCGUCGGCCCGUGCCUCAACCUGAUCGUGUCGCUCUCGCUGGCCUGGAACUCAGACCGAACACGCGAACGUGGUCUGCACGUCAUGACUGGCUUCCUGGUCUCCGCAGCGGGGCUGCUCUGGUUGGCACUGCCGCCCAACGGUACCAAACCGGGCGUGCUCUACGCGGCCAUCAUCGUGCUGCAAGGCGGCAUGGGCUCUGUGCAGGGUAUCAAUGCGGCAUGGCUUUCGCAACACAUCAAGGAUCGUCAACGCCCCCUGGGCCUGGCAGCGUACGUCAUGUCGAUACAGCUGGCCUCGUUUGUCGGCUCGAACCUCUUUACUGCUGCCGACGCGCCCAGGUACCGUAAGGCGCUGCUGGUGUGCGCUGGCUGCGUGCUCGCCGCAUCGGCGCUCUGCCUCGUCUGGAAGAUCCUGUAUCGCUAUGUCGGAACUCGACAGGAUGAGGAGGAGGAGAAUGCUCCCUCUUCGAGUACCGAGGAGGUCAAGGUGGUCUAA